ACACAGCGGCUAUUACAGAAGACAGGAGCAGCAUCUAGAUUAUGACAGCCACUGUAUCGACUGCGGAUCCCGAAUUGGGAGAACGAUCGCCACUAUUAACCGGAAACGGCGAAGAGCCUAAGCCUUUAGAAGAUAUCAAGGACCACUACGUUAAAGAACAGGUCGUUGCCAGUAUCGCCGGCGUUAGUUUUAUAACGUCGGUGCUUUCCUUGGUUUUCCAAGCCGCUGGACACCCUACAGUGUUCGUUUCAGGUCUGCUGGGGACAAUUUUGGCACCGUAUGCUGCUAUUCAACAACGGAAGCUUACCGAGGUGGAGGCUUUGGCGGAAACGAACGAGCGAUUAACGUCGGAAGUCGACCAACUGGCGACCGAAAACGAACGCUUAUCGACACAAGUGCAAACAAUGGAAAAGUCCGUCGCCAAUCUGCAAACUAUGGAAGAAACACUUGAAACUCUACAAUCCAUGCAGGGCGAAUCGGUUGACGAACUCGAAAACCAACUGGAAGAAUCCAAACAGAUUCUAGCGUCCAUGAAUGUUAACCUAAAGUCUGAGCUUUUGCAGAACUUAAUUUCGGUAAUGUUGGCGGCCGAUGCCAACGGCGACAUGCUCUUGAGCGACGAAGAAAUUGAAGAUCUGAUUCAUCAGCUCGAAAGCAUUCAUGGUGUCGAACUCAAGGAGCAAAUGCUCAAGAAUAUCAUUAUCGAUGCCGGUCGGAGUGUGGCGGGAAUAAUGGAAUUAGCGCGCCAUGUUUUAUGUGACAAAGACAUCCCCGAAGACAAAAACAUUUUUGCCUUGGUGGAAGAGUACAAGUAGACCGGCAGAUUGUCACCGGGCCUUGGUCCUACUCACGAGAGAACCAUUUGUUCAAUACGUCGUCAACCUUUGUCGUAUUUAAGGUUUCGCAAAAUUCGCUUCCGUGGAAUGAAAAUUCGAAGCGGCUUGGACCGACACUUCGAAAAUGGCAUGACGGCGUACCUUGUAUAAUCCGUCAACCUUUCGACCACCUCGUACAGUAUCUUCGUUGUGUCACACGUUGAAUAAUCCAUUUACUUUAAUAGUAGCCAUAUAAGUUCUACCAUC